AUGGAACCCAACAUCAAACUGGCAAAAGAUGAUGAUGAAUUAUUUCAUGACCCAGCCUUGUAUAGAAGACUCGUUGGGAAGCUGAUUUAUCUCACAAAUACGAGGCCUGACCUUAACUAUAGUGUGAAUUUGCUCAGUCAAUUCAUGGCAACACCACGGGUCCCUCACUAUAAUGCAAUUUUAAAAGUCCUUCGAUAUGUUAAGGCCACCCCUGGCCAAGGACUAUACUUCCCUGCCUCUUCAAAACUAGAACUGGUUGCAUACUCUGAUGCAAACUGGGGAAAUUGCCCUGACACACGUCGAUCAACAACUGGCUUCUGUGUUCUUCUUGGUCAAUCCUUAAUAUCCUGGAAAUCGAAGAAACAGAGUACUAUCUCAAGAUCCUCCGCUGAGUCUGAAUAUCAAGCCAUGGUAGCGGUUUCUUGUGAACUCACAUGGCUUCGGUACUUCCUUCAAGACUUAUGCAUCUCCAUCACAGACCCAGCCACCUUAUAUUGUGACAACCUAGCAGCCUUGCACAUUGCUGCAAACCCAGUGUCCAUGAACGCACGAAACAUAUCGAACUUGACUGUCAUCUUGUUCGCGAGAAAAUCUUGGCUGGUCAGAUCUCCACUGCACAUGUUCCAUCUGUUCAUCAGCUAG